AUAGCAAGGAUCGUAUCAAGACCAAAGAUAAAACCGAAGAGAGAAAGAAGAUAAUAAUCAAAGAAGUGGUGCUCUUCGUCAUUUGUAAAAAGCUUUCACAAGAAAGGGGAAAGGAACAUUGAUAAAGGCAGACUAAAUCGUAUAAUAUAAAACGUCUGAAUUUCAACUAAUCCAAAGAAGGAUUCAAUUAAUUUUUUAUUUCGAACGAGAGAAGGAGAAAGUGAGAGAAGAGAACGUAUCAAAAUGAGUACAAUAAGUAGCGCUCAGAAUACGUCCGUGAAGGAUUUUUAUAGGGACAGAUGCGUUUUCGUGACCGGUGUUACUGGAUUUAUGGGCAAAGUCCUGGUCGAGAAGUUGCUCAGAUCCUGUCCAGGACUCAAAACCAUUUACGUCCUGAUAAGAAAUAAAAAAGGCCAAGACGCCCAUCAAAGAUUGCGAGCACUGUUGAAUGGGCCGCUGUUUGACAAGUUACGCCGAGACUCGCCGAAUGAACUUCAGAAGGUAAUCGCCGUGCCUGGAGACAUCACAGAACACGAACUGGGUAUUUCAGACUCCGAUCAGAAUAUUCUAAUAAGAAACGUGUCGGUUGUCUUUCAUUCUGCCGCCACCGUGAAGUUUGACGAAGCGCUCAAGAUUUCGAUCACUAUUAACAUGAUCGGUACUAAACAACUCUUAAACUUAUGCCAUCGUAUGCAAAAUUUAGAGGCACUGAUCCAUGUCUCAACAGCAUACUGCAAUUGUGACCGUACAGAUAUUGCUGAGCAAAUCUAUCCUCUCAUAGCGGAACCAGAGGAAAUUUUCGCUUUGACGAAGGUGAUGGACGAUAAGAUGAUUGAUGAUAUAACACCAAUUUUAAUUGGCAAACGACCGAAUACUUAUACGUUUACUAAAGCUUUGGCAGAAAGGAUGUUGGAAACAGAAUCCGACUAUUUACCAAUAGCAAUUGUCAGACCUACCAUAGUUCUAUCAUCGUAUAAAGAACCGGUUGCCGGAUGGUUAGACAAUUGGAAUGGACCGACUGGAAUUAUUGCCGCUGCUGGCAAAGGUUUCUUCAGAUCUAUGCUGUGUCGUGAUGAUAUGAUAGCAGACUUAGUGCCAGUCGACAUAGUAAUCAACUUGAUGAUAGUUGCAGCCUGGAAGACUGCAACAAAUCGCACGAAGACAAUUCCCAUAUACAACUGUUGCACAGGUCAACAGAAUCCGAUAACCUGGAAGAAGUUCGUAGAUUUAACGUUCAAGUACAGUCGAUUGCAUCCAUACAACGAUGUGAUUUGGUAUCCGGGUGGCAAUUGCCAUACUUCCACUAUAAUAAAUAAAAUAUGCAUGCUCCUCCAGCACAUUGUACCGGCGCACAUUUUAGACUUCACUCGUCGACUGAAGGGCAAAACAGCCAAUAUGGUGACAUUACAGACGAAGCUCGAAAAAGCUACCAAAUACUUGGAAUACUUCACCAUGCAACAAUGGAGUUUCAGAGAUGACAAUGUUCGAGAGUUGAACGAACAGCUUAGUCCCGAGGAUCGACAGAUAUUCGCAUUCGACGUUAGACAAAUUGAUUGGAGUUUAUACUUGGAACACUACAUUUUAGGAAUUCGACAUUUCCUUCUCAAGGAGAACCCGGACACACUGCCAGCUGCUCGUAUUAUACUGGAUUCACAAAGCUGUGCAAUUCGGGGUGCUAUUAGUACUGCUGCGUUUUCUAUUGUUGCGAAGUACCAUGACCCAAAACGCAUGUUAUUCACUAGUGUCCUUGGUGUUACGCAUGUGCCGUAUAAUUGUUUGACGGCUCAGAACGCUGGCUGAGGAUUACGAAAAGCGUUAUAAGAAACAACAGCUAAUUGUAAAGAAGCAUAAUCUAAUGGUGCGAGUUGUUCUUCGACUUCGUUGCCCGUUGUUUCCAACGAGUAAUUGCUAUGUUCAAACAUCCCAUCGGUUGGCCUUUUCGAUGUUUCUAUUUGUUCAUAACUAAAUUAGCGUUUGCUAGAGAUAUUCAAUU